UACACACUUACAGCUAUUGUUGAGUGUUUAAUAGUCAACCACAAAUUUUGUGUGGUUAGACGAGAGGCCAUGCAAUCGCCAUUUACCGAAAAGUUGAUUUCUGAGGAAGAAGUCGAGACCUCGUCGACGGCCAGCAAAGGGAGAAACAACCACCAUGUGGUCCCGCUGGGAAUCCUCAUGGUACUUUGCACAAUGUAUCUCGUGGUUGCUGGGGCGCAACGCAAUUACAGAUACUAUUUCGAGCCCGGCGUCGCUGCCCUCGACCUACACGCCCCCGAAGUUUCUCCCGAUGAUGGCUACCCGCAGCUGGAAGGUAUUCAGGAUGAGCCAGUAAACAACCUGACAUGCGAGAAGCUGGAUAUCUUCCAAAAAGAAUCCGCAAAAGAAAAUGACAGCAAUCUUUUUAGCAAACAAAUGGCAAAGCCAUAUCAGUCCAAGGCUGGCAAGCGAACAAGAAAUGGAGCAACUGGAGUCGGGGCGAGCAAGCGCCUCCGAGGUGGUAAAGCUGUGGAGAGCAACAGGAAGAAGCAGGAAGCCCCAAAGAAGAGCAACACCGCAGAGCCCAUAAUAUAUCUCUUUGCCCUGGUAUUUAUUUAUCUGCUGCUAAAAGCAGCAUCCGACAUCAAUCAGCACUACAAAUCGCAAAACAAGGGGGACAAACGUUUGCGCCGUUGUUCGUUGCAGUCCUAUGCCCAAAUACACAAGCAGGAUCGGAGGGCCUCAAAAGUACUCGAAGAGGCGGCGAUUUUCCGACGCAGCCACAUACUAUUGGGAGAGGUGCGGUCCGUGUCGGUCGAUCGCUAUAAGUACACACUGAACGAGGAGGGAUACCACACCGUGUGCACCCCAAAGACACUCGAUCAGCAGCACAGGGCCACAUCACCGUUAGCUUACAGACCGGCAGGAGAUCCUGCAGCACGCACGGGUACAACACACAGUCACUGUCACGGUAUGGUAUGUCACGCAAACAGCUCUAAGCCAAACUGUUUUUUUCCUGCAGAAACGCGCCUCAAUCGCCGCUCAUCCGUCCCCAUCAGCAUAGACUAUCAAACAGUUCAUGUAUCAAAUAUCAGUCAAUACUCUUCCGAAUUGGCCAGACGCGGCUCUGUUAUUAGCCUCACGGGUCCUAAUCCGCCAAAUGUAGAUCCAAAUGCUGUGCCCAGUGGAUCGCUUGACUUGAAACGUCGCGUCCGUAUGAUAAAUCGUCAUUAACUAUCGCGUCCACCCAUGAAUGCUUCAACAACGAUCCACAAGACAAUCGAAUCUAUUGAAAGAGAUUACAAGAGAACCUACCCAGAAAGAAGACUACAUAUAUUCCCAAUAUUAAUUGCAUAAACCAUUGUCAUGUG